CUCGAGCCGGAAGCGCCGUGGCUAACAGAACAGGUACCAGCGCGUGGGGACUUCUUGCAGAGUUUGAGUGGCGGGACUGCGGCGGCAGUGAGAGUGACCGACUUGGGCACCUGAGUCCGGUGCGGUGAUGCUGACCCCUGCCUUCGACCUCAGCCAGGACUCCGACUUCCUGACUGUCGCCAUCCGCGUGCCCUACGCUCGGGUCUCCGAGUUCGACGUCUACUUCGAGGGGGUGGACUUUAAGUUCUACGCCAAGCCGUACUUUCUCAGAUUAACCCUUCCUGGAAGAAUUGUAGAAAAUGGAAGCGAGCAAGGGUCCUAUGAUGCAGAUAAAGGAAUUUUUACCAUUCGAUUGCCCAAAGAAACUCCUGGCCAGCAUUUUGAGGGGCUGAACAUGUUAACUGCUCUUCUAGCACCAAGAAAAUCCAGGACUGCGAAACCACUUGUGGAAGAAAUAGGUGCUUCUGAGGUUCCCGAGGAGGGAGUAGAAGAUGACAAUGAAGAGUUUGACUGGGAAAUUGAACAGUCCCCCUAUGAAGAGGUAUCCGAAAGUGCUUUGAGUCCACAGUGCCGCUAUGGAUUUGGAAACUUGCGAUCAGGAGUCUUUCAACGGUUACAGGAUGAAUUGAGUGAAGUUAUCGAUAUUAAGGAUCCAGAUUUCACUCCUGCAGCUGAACGAAGGCAGAAACGCUUGGCUGCUGAGCUGGCCAAAUUUGAUCCUGACCAUUAUCUCGCCGACUUUUUUGAAGAUGAGGCAGUUGAACAGGUUUUGAAGUAUAAUCCUUGGUGGACUGAUAUAUAUUCAAAAAUGAUGGCCUCUUUGGGAAAGAGUCAGGAGCAAGAAAAUCAUGCUGCAUUAGUGUCUUUUUCUGAAGAAGAGAAAUAUCAGCUGCGAAAAUUUGUCAAUAAAUCUUACCUCCUGGACAAGAGAGCCCACCUUCAAGUGUACUACAGUUUGAUUGAUAUCCUUCUGGCAUAUUGCUACGAGACUCGUGUCACUGAAGGAGAGAAGAAUGUUGAAUCUGCAUGGAAUAUCAGAAAACUGAGUCCCACACUGUGCUGGUUUGAGACUUGGACUAAUGUUCAUGAAAUCCUGGUGUCUUUUGGAAGAAGAGUUUUGUGCUAUCCACUUUAUCGCCAUUUCAAGCUGGUGAUGAAAGCCUACAGAGACACUCUAAAGAUAUUGCAACUAGGUAAAAGUGCAGUUUUGAAGUGUCUACUGGAUAUUCACAAAAUUUUUCAGGAAAAUGACCCAGCUUACAUUCUGAACGAUCUCUACAUCUCAGACUACUGUGUGUGGAUUCAGAAAGCCAAGUCCAAAAAGUUGGCAGCUCUUGCAGAAGCCUUAAAGGCAGUAUCCGUGACAAAGGCCCAGCUGGGGUUAGAACUGGAAGACCUGGAAGCAGCAGCGCUUCUUGUGCAGGAGGAAGAAGCUGCAUUAGAGGCAGCCCAUUCCAUCUCCAGGCAGCAGACGCCCUGCUCCAGUCCUGAGGCAAGUGAUUCGGAGGAAUCAGACAGCACCACAUCGUCUGAGACUGAAGACUCAGGUUUAGAACAAGAGGAGCUCGAAGACGGUGCAUCUGAGACACGACAUUCCUUGCGAGGUCCCUUUCUCGAGGAAGGCAGUGCUCUGCUAAUUGAUGACGGUGGGGUGUGCAGAAACUCAGCCAUCCUGAGGUCUGGGGUCAGUCAGGGAAAGCCACCUGCCUCCUCCCAGGCUCUUGGAGGGUCUGGGCCUCUGAUCGAGGAGCUUGGAGAACAACUGAAGACGACAGUUCAGAUGUCUGGACCUGCGGGCUCUGGUGCUGGAAACCACAGCAGUGUGCAGGACAGACACGACCAGCAGACACCAAAUGAUUGACUCUGAGUGGUUUUAUUCAUUGUUGAGAAGUAUGUCAGAUUUGGUUUUAUAUACUGAAUUAGAAUUCUUCAUUUUCACUUUGUACUUUUUC